GUCAUGAGACAACACACCCCCGUCACUCCGCACAGUACACCUCAACAAUAUCACUCUGAAAGCCCGCUUCAUCGAAUGCACGCCGCACAGUGCGGAGCUCAUGCGGACGAAAAUCGUCGAUUCUCCGAGGGAUGAGCUGGGCGAGGCAUGCGAGAAGCAUUAUAUCGGCUCGCCCUGCCCGGGUGAAGGCCAUCAGUAGCUCGGCGAUGUCAGAGGAAUUCACGGAUGCAUUCAUCUUGACCUGACAGACACGCAGAGAGAUAAUGAGACAGGCCAAGGUGUUGUGGUGUGUUGCUCCCGGGACCUACCAUGGUUUGUAUGCGACUGGAGAUGAAGCCGAAUAGGUGUGGCGGGAUGACGUCGAGCUUCGAGUAGGCAGCACUGAUGUGCGCCAGGUCGCUCGCGCUCCAGCGGUCGUUAACACGACCCAUUUCAGACCCGCUUGGCCUCGUUUUGUCAUUCAGCAACUGCAGAAGAAGACACUCACACACACGUGUCAAUGGAUUCCAAGCGAGCAAAUAGAAUGGAUGGCCUCUUCGUGUGUGCGGGCUCACCCGGUCAGAUGAGUAUCGUGGCGGCGCUGCCCACGGCUUUGCAGCAUCAUUCCUCGGCGCUCCUGCCGACCCCUCGGCAGUCUCCUUGGCCACAAUGACGUCCGCAAAGCUGUCCAUCAUCUCGUCGUGCCGAAAUCUCGCCUUGGCGUACGCGUGCAUCAACAGGGCGAUCUCCAUGCACGAGAAGUAAGCCCUCCACUCCACAGCUAAGUGACCCAGCGGUCCGAAGACCGAUGCGUCCGCUAUGUUCAUCCUGGCAAAGGCGCCCAGGAGGAGGCAGAGGGCCUGGCAGGUGAGCUCUAUCUGCCGGUGUUCCGACUGGAUAUUCUCAGCGAAGGCCUCGUAAAGCUGCGGGUCGGUGACUUGCAGCUUGGCGAAAGCGUGGGCAAUGUGGGCCAUGGCCAGGCCGUCCAGUGUGGUGCGUCGGUUGCUGCGGAUCUCCUGCGAUAUGGCGUCAAAGAGCUCCGCCCGAUAGAGGUUCUGUUUGGCAUAGUAGAGGCAGAUGGUGGCCAGCUGCUGGUCGCUGAAAGCCGUCACGUGCCGCUGCAGCUGCUCAUGAAGCGACGCGAACAGAGGCCGGUCCCACACAUCCAGCCGGGUGAGGGCGUCCACCACAUUGGCCAGCACUUGAGCCGAGGCAGUGGCGGUCUGCUCGUCUUGCUUGCUCGUGGCAAGCGUCCGCAUCAGCUGGGUCGCGAGAGCCUCAAUCAGAGCCACAUCCCUAUAUGCGAUUCGCGCCAGGCUGCUAAGCAAUAAGGAUACUUCCCGCGGCGCCAGAGAGCCCGCCAGCCGCUUCCCCUGGUCCGCCAGCCGCCUCCAGAAGUGCAUGUCAGCGUAGCCCUGCUUGGAGGCAUUCAUGGCGGCGUGGCACAGCUCACGUGCGCCCAUCUGCAAUGGAUUGGAUGGGUCAAGGCUGGCCUUGUCGACAGAUUGGCGGAGCAGGGCAUGUUGUCGGCGCGUCAGAGAGCGUCGCUGUGCACGGACGAAUGCGGGAGGCGCCGGAGGGCGAAGAAGAGGUGGAGAUGCGGAUGCUCUGGAUACUGCCAUCUAAUUGCUCCGUCACGAUGCCUCUUGCGAUGAAGAAGAUGCGACCC